UCUCUCUCUCUCUCCAUUAGGUUGAACAGGAUGAGAUCUCGAUUGCACAUCACCUUCCAUUGAACGUGUAGCAUGCAGUAUUUGAGCUUGCUGGGUUGUGGUGAUCGGUCGCCGGGGGGAUAUGGCUGGCUUCGUCAGAUCGUCAUCCAUUGAUACGUGUUAGGAGUGGCUAGCAUCGUUUCAGAUCUGCAUCAUGUUCUUCUGAACCUCAGUAAUUGGCAGAGGUGAGGUGCCAACUGCUAGGCUGCGGGCCGGCGUUCGUCGAUCGUCGCCAUGGGGCCGGAAGUGGCUGUUGCACUUGCGGUGGUGGGAUGGUUCGUCUCGCCGCACAUAACCAAGCUCAUGGAGGUCGCGCGAUCGUGCGCUUCCAGCAAGUACAAGCUGCCAAGGGGCAUGAGGAAGAAGCUGCUGAAACUGGCGCAAGAUCUGGGGGACAUCAAGGACUUCCUGGAUCCAGCUACUAUGGGGGGCUCCGUCAACGACAGGACCUGGGUCAACCGUCUGUGGAGUCUCAAGGAUGCCAUCCAUGACGCGGAGGAGAUCCUGGACUUGUUCGAGUCGCAUAUCCUUGAGGCCGAGGCAGCUAAAAACCUUAAGAAGCGCUCCGGCGGUGGUGGUGGCAGUGCUAGCAGCAGUGGCAGGAAAUCCGCAUAUUCUUGGUGGAUUUUCACCACCAACACCAGUGGCAGGAAAUCCGCAUAUUCUUGGUGGAUUUUCACCACCAACACCAGUGGUCCGUCAAUGAAUCAGCUCAAGGAAGUGCUCAAGAACCUAGGGGAGCUUCGUGAGAGGAUGCGAGAGCUCUGCGAGAAUCCUGCCACUCGGCGUGCUGUACUUUCUCCACUCUGCAGAGCACCCUUGGGCCCGGAGCCAGUAAGGGAAAAGAAGCUCUUCUUCGGGUACGGCGUGGAGUAUGAGCAGCUAGUCUCCAUGCUCGGGGACGGCAACUGCAAGGACAAGAAAGUUAUCUCCCUCAUAGGCCAUGGCGGGAUGGGGAAGACCGAGCUUGCUCGCCAGGCGUACCGCCAUGUCCGAGGCAAGUUUGAUCGGCCCAUAUGGGUGCCUGCCUACGGCAAGAAUGCUCAGUUUGACCUUCUGGCAGAGAUUUGGAAGUCGGCCGUCGGCGAAAAAUCAGUCCAGGAGAUGAACAUUUCUAGCCUUCAGGACAAGCUCAAGGCACAACUGGCAUCCCAGAGGUGCCUGCUUGUGCUGGAUGAUGUAUGGAGCGACGAAAAGGACAUCAACGAGAGCCAGAGAAGAAAUGCGCUGCGCUGCUUCACUGAUUUCGUGGGCGUCGGGAGUCGCAUCGUAAUGACGACGCGAUCCAGGAUUUGUUCGACGAAACUGGGCGCAGAAGAAACCAUCUUCCUGAAUGGGAUCAAACCUGAAGAGAUGAUGCUUCUGCUAAACGACACCGCAAAUCUCAGCGCCGAUGGUACCAGCGGCAUCCAGGGGAUGCUCAAAAGCGACGUGCUCAAGCUCAAGGGGUCCCCUUCGGCGGCCAUAGAGAUCGGCGAGAAGUUGAAGGCACGAAACGCAAGCUGCCGGCGCGAGCGACGCGGCGGCAUCUUGGAAAACAUGGAAUGCCACAUCGCCGGCGUGUUAGUAAGCCAUCUCGCCAGCUAUGACCAUCUGCCACCGCACCUCCAGCGUUGCUUCGCGUUCUGCAGCAUAUUCCCAGAGGGUUGGAGGUUUGAGCCUGAGAAGCUGACCAAGAUGUGGAUGGCUCUUGGUUUCGUCGAGGAGAAGGCCCAUCAUCCUCAGGUUGAAAAUGGGAUGAGCAGCAUGGAAGACGUUGCCACAGGCUAUUUCCAAGAGCUGGUGGACCGCUCCUUGUUUGAGUUAGAACAGAGCAAGGGCGGAGGAGACAAACAUAAUCGUUACGUGAUUCACGAGCACAUUCAUCGGAUGAUACGUGAUGCCUCUUCCAAGAAUUGCAUAAGCAUCUCUCGUGCGAGCACCGGAGACAAGACUACUAGCAUCCCUCCAAGGGUUCGCCACUUGUCAGUUACCAGCGGCUGCCUUGAUCAGCUGAAUGAGUACUCCAUAGGACUCGGCAAUCUGCGGACCUUGAUAGUCCUAAAGGAUGAUGGUGAUGAUGAUGAUGGUAUCGUUGCCAUUGACAAAGAUAUACUCCAACAAUUCAAGGGUGUGAGAGUACUGGAUCUAACAGAGACAGGCAUAACUGAACUUCCAGCGAGUAUUGGCAAGCUGAAACAUGUGAGGUACCUAGGCCUUCCUAGCACCGUCAGCAGUGAUCUCGGUGAUCAAGUCACCAAGCUAUUGUUUCUUCAGACACUGAGUGUGGGCCAGGACGAGGACAAAGGGAAAAAGAGAGAGUGCAUCACCAACAUAAGUGGCAUAGGAAGGCUGGUUAAACUUCGAGAGUCGAUCGAGUUCCAGGUGAUGAGGGCGUCGGAGAAGGAAGGGCACAGCCUGUGGGAGCUGGCCGGGAUGAAGUCUCUUGGGAAGACGCUGAGCAUAAAGGGCCUGGACGCCGUCUCGAGCAAAGAGGAAGCCAAGCAGGCUCGGCUUGACAACAAGUGUUCCGUCAAGGUCCUGAAGCUUCAAUGGGGAGCCCCGGAUGCGCGCCACGGAGAACCUGUCGCCCGAAGCUCUGCUGCUGCUGACCCCGCGCCCGCGGUGGCCGUCCUCCAAGGUCUCCAGCCCCACCACUACCUCCAUGAACUUCGUAUCGAGAGGUAUUCCGGGGAGACGUCGCCUACCUGGCUCAGCGGACUGGAGAAGCUGACGCGCCUGUACCUCAAGAACUGCAGGAAGCUCAAGGCCCUUCCGGCCCUGGGCCAGCUCCCGUGCCUUGAGCUUCUCGAAAUCAAGGAGCUUUGUGUUGUUGCGAGGAUCGACGGCGGCUUCUGCGGUGGCGGCGCGUUCCCCAAGCUUAAGAAGAUCGUGCUGGACGACAUGAAGGAACUGGUGGCGUGGAAUGACAAUGACAUGCCGAAAGUUGCGUUCCCUCUGCUCAGGGACGUGAGCAUCGCCGACUGCCCGCUGCUGUCGUCCUUGUCGGCCCUCGGGCGCUGCACAGGUCCCAUUGAUCUGCGCGUCAAGGGUGGGUGCCCUCACAUUACACCAGACAUCCUGCCCGCAGCUUUCAGGAACGGUGUCUCAACCUGCAAAUUCCACUAGAGCUGUGCGUCCCUCCCUACGUGCACGCUUCGUGGUGCAGUUUCUCUUUGUCAGUUUUCGUCACUGGGCCUGUAAUAAUAAGAUUAAGAAAAACGUUUAUUUGAUCUGGAUGUUGCCUUGCUGCUUACUGGCUACCUACCUUGGCUUUG